AUGAGUUCUGAUGGUAUAAUUCAGAGAGCUAUUACUGAACAAGAAUAUAUGAAUCUUACAAUUCAAGGUGAAGAUACUCCAAAAACGAUUGAUGAAGAAAAGAAGAAGCUUUUGGAGGAAUUGAAAAACGUUUCGAUUGCAAAAAUCGAACUAGUACGAGUUUCAGACAAAAAUCUCAACAACAAUCUUCUCGAACUGCAAAAAAUCGAUUGCGUAAUUUCCGUGUUCACAAUUCCGCCAGUUGAUAGCUUUUUAUAUGUUGAAGUUACUGAACGCCAAAAAUUCGAAGAAUCUUAUGCCGGCCGUCGCUACGAAUGGCUUAAUUCAGAUGAUUUUGUGAAAAUAUUUUGCAAUAUACGAUUUUCCCAUUUAUUUGAUCCCAAAGAACAAGCAUAUGCGAGAUUGCAUUACCCACCUUACGAAAAUGAUGUAUGCGAAAUUCUUGAUGUAAGAGAAGACCUCAAAGAAGCUUAUAUUCGUGUUAUUCCAAGAGUUGACAUACCAAAGCUGAAUAUGACUGUUAACGCUCCUACUCCAUUUAGUAUCAAAGCCGCAACAAGAGCAAAUUUACCUCUUCAAGAAGAAGAUAUCCACAUUUCAUUUUCCAAUUACGCAAAAGUCGCACGCGGAUACAUGUUCCAAGAUUCAUAUUUUGAAGGAAAAACUACAAUCAUGAGAGUUAGUGUCUCCAAUCUUCUUUUCAAUACAAAGAUUUCGAAUCAAGAAAAGAGAGCAAUCGGAGAUAGAAUAAUUUACUUCACUCAUUCUAGAAGAGAUACAUCAAAGCAAACAGUUGAUACUCCGCCAAAAGAAACCGACAAAGCUAAGAAGAGAAUUAAAUCCGAAACCGAUAAAGAACCAAAGGCAGUCAAAGAUGACGAAGCUCCUAAGCCUGCUCGUCGUGGUCCUAAGAAAGAUGAGGCACCAAAACAUAGAGGAAGAAAACCAAAUCCAAACAAACAACAGAAAUCAAGAUCAAGGAGGAAAGAAAAACAGGAACUUGAAGAGGAAGAAGAUGAAUCAACUGAAUCGUCAGAAUCUUCUUCAGAAGAUUCAAUUUCGGAAUCUUCAUCUUCUUCAUCUUCAGAUCAAGAGCCUAUGCCUCAAGCUAAGAGAUCAGAAAAGAUUGUUAAACAGAUCCAACCACAAAGAGUUACUAAAAUUUUAUCUGGAAAACCACCAAAAUCUGUAGCUCUUCAAUACAGUUUAGAAGGGUCCAAGAAUCACAAGCAAACACAGAUUUUAGACAUCCCUGUUAUUAUGCGCUCAUAUACAAGUCAUGCAACUCAACCCGAAAUUUAUUCGAUGGUUGAAUUACCUACAAGGGAGAUUGCUGUUGUUACACACAAAGACGAAAAGUGCUUGACAUUACUUAUAUUUACGAAUAGAUCCAUUUCCAUGGAUUUGAACGUUGAAUUGCCAAUAAUUCCGGAUGAUAACUCAGUUCAUGAUCGUAUUGGACGUAGAGUAUUCCCUGGUGAUGUAAUCUUUGUUAAGUCUGGCGAGAACAUGAAUUAUCAAGGUAUUGUCACUCAUACUAGAAAUAAUAGAAUAUUCGGAGAACUUUCUCUUUCUGGAGAUGUCAAACCAAUAUGGGCUAGUGGAAGAGAGAUAAUUCUUAUAGAAGAUGACUUAGGACCUGUUGAGAAUUAA